AUGUCCGCGCCUCGAGUGCACGCGCGGUAUCUGGGACUUGAUGCUCUGCACAUGAUGGGAGCAGACCGCGAGCCUAAGGAUGUUUUAGGGCCCUACACACCAAACGCGUCCUCAUGCAGUCUCUCACCCAACAUCCGAUCAGAACCCAGAACUACUUCCAUAUACAGCCUCAGCACCUUAAGUCAUCCCGUAAGAUUCACCGGGGGUAGCUGGACCCUACAGGGUUUGGAGCCUGGACAAAGCCCUUCUUUAGCACCCCUGCGGCGAAUCGAUGUGGAGAGAAACGAAUUCUCCCUCUCUCGUUCCGCUGCCUCCUUCUGUGAGAUGAUGGACUUGCAGAAGUCAAGCAACGCCUUCCAGAACUCAUCGUUGCCGACUGUCGUAGCUAUGCCAUGCAGACGCUUCGAAUGGACCGUGGUCGAACCGGUGGGUCCCGGUGAAGUUCUGACACUGUACAUGCUGAUGAGGGGACGCUGGGGCGCCCCUCGCGUGCUCGGCGUCUACCGACUUGGCCUGCAGAUCCUCGUCAACGAUGGACAGCUCAGCCUCACAGACACACUUGUUGACGACAAAAAUAAGCCUGUACCGGUUUUCGUGGAUAUGGAAGUUUUCUACGUAGCACCAAUAGUUGAAGAACCUGUCGUUAUACAUAUGGAAGAUUUAGACAAUCCAGCCGAGCUGGUUUCAAUUAAAGGUUCCAUUAAAGAUCAGCCGUCAGUGCACGGAUCGGCUCGCGCCUCACUGCGCGGUUCACAAGAUGGAUCAGUGGCCAGCACUUCGACAGUUAUCGAUAUAGAAGAAGAAAACGCCCUGGAAAACAUAGAACGUAACAUCGCUAAUAUUGAACGUUCGAUGCAAAAGAAAGAGGUAUACAUCGACAUAGAUUCAGGGGAUGAAUCCCGUGGAUACAAACUUAAAAAUGUUGGAAAAAGAUUGCUCAGGCGCGGUUUCUCUCUGGGCACUGAAAAGACCGUAACCAUAUCAGAGCAUGAACGCAAAAGGACCUCUACUUUCAAAAGCGUUCGAAACCUGAUGCGUAUGGGCAGACGAAUGUACGACAGCAGCGGCGACGAAGAGCAAGGCUUGCUGGAUAUGCCAGGCCCGUCAUCGGAACCAGACCGCCCCAUCAGUCAGACUUCCAAUUCAUCCGAUGAAAUGGUUACCGAACCAAAACCUCUACCAGACACUCCAAAGAUAAAGAGAUUACGUACGGUACUGGACAUGGCUGGACCUUCUGCUCUCAAAGCAGCCGACUUCCAAGUCUGCGUCACUAUCAUCGAAGCUCGUCAGUUGGCUGGUCUAAACAUGGAUCCGGUGGUCUGCGUGCAAGUGGGCGACGUCCGUAAAUAUACCAGCGUUAAGGAGAGCACUAAUUGCCCAUAUUAUAAUGAAUACUUUGUGUUCGACUUCCACAUGCCGCCGAUUAUGCUCUUCGACAAGAUCAUAACGCUUUCGAUGAAGGAAGCGCUGUACGAAAUCGGUGUGCGUCUCGACGAUUUCUGGAGAUACUUGAAAUUUUAA